GGCUGUGAUGUCAUCGUGGAAGUGAUUCGGCGGCGGAACGUUUUGUUAAAGAUCUUGCUUCAUCGUCCUGAGACGAGACCGGAUUGGGGUGGAUUGGCGAUUUAUUACCGCCUAUAGAAAACUAAGUUAGACGGUCCUUUAAAGCAGCGGGAACUCGCCCUUCUUCUCGGUGGGACCUUGGAUGUCAGAAGCUUAAGGGGCCCUCCCCUCUCGCUCCUUUAAAGGGCCCCCACGUCUCUUCCUUCUAGAAACCUAAACCGGGAGGUACCAUCCCACGUCCCCGGAACCGAACAUUCUGGGGCCCCUACAAGUUCUACAUGUAAAGAGUCGCUGAUAGGUUGUUUCCACCACUGCACUUUUCUGUCGGUAACCCCAAUUGAAAGUCUGAGUCCAUUGGAAGAUUUUUUAAGGAUAUUGUAGCCGAGAUGAUGAACCCCGGGAUUUCCUUCCUUAACCCCCCACCGCAACAGCAACAACAACAACAACCUCAACAACAACAUAAAUUUAAUUUGCCCAUUAAAAAGAAUGCCAUCACCGACGACUACAAGGUGACCAAUCAAGUGCUGGGACUGGGCAUCAAUGGAAAAGUCCUCGAGAUCUUCAGCAAAAAGACUGGGGACAAGUUUGCUCUGAAGAUGUUGCAAGACUGUCCGAAGGCCCGCAGAGAAGUAGAGUUGCAUUGGAGGGCUUCUCAGUGCCCGCAUAUUGUUAAGAUUAUUGAUGUCUACGAGAAUCUUUACCAGUCCCGGAAGUGCCUUCUCAUUAUCAUGGAAUGUCUGGAUGGUGGUGAGCUCUUCAGUCGCAUCCAGGACCGAGGAGACCAAGCCUUCACAGAGAGAGAGGCAUCAGAUAUAAUGAAAAGCAUUGGAGAAGCUAUCCAGUAUUUACACUCUAUCAAUAUAGCCCACAGAGAUGUGAAGCCAGAAAACCUUCUGUACACCUCAAAAAGACCAAAUGCUGUGCUAAAGCUCACCGACUUUGGAUUUGCUAAGGAAACUACAUCUCACAACUCGCUGGCAACACCGUGUUAUACGCCUUAUUAUGUUGCACCAGAGGUUCUGGGCCCAGAGAAAUAUGACAAAUCAUGUGAUAUGUGGUCACUUGGAGUCAUCAUGUAUAUUUUACUCUGUGGUUAUCCUCCUUUUUACUCUAAUCAUGGCCUUGCCAUUUCCCCUGGAAUGAAGAAGCGUAUUCGCAUGGGACAGUAUGAAUUCCCAAACCCAGAGUGGUCAGAGGUUUCAGAUGAAGUGAAACAGCUGAUCAGAAAUCUCCUCAAGACAGAUCCAACUCAGAGAAUGACCAUCACAGAAUUUAUGAACCAUCCUUGGAUAAUGCAAUCUAUGCAGGUACCACCUACUCCUCUCCACACCAGUCGUGUUUUGAAGGAAGAAAAGGAUUUAUGGGAAGAUGUAAAGGAAGAAAUGACCAGUGCCCUCGCUACAAUGAGGGUUGACUAUGAGCAGAUCAAGAUAAAGAAAAUUGAAGACUCCUCCAACCCUCUCCUCCAGAAGAGGCGGAAGAAGAUCACCCCUAAUGCCACUCACUGAGAAUGCUCUUUAUUGUCGCCAUUGGUGCCAAUCAUGCCAACUCAGUGUUAACUGUAAAUGUGGCUUAUGAAUGUCACAGUAUAAGAAGGCAGGGUUACAGAUCUGUUUGAUUGGUACCUAUAAUGGAACAAUUUUUUUUGUGCUUAUAUUCUCCAUUUUUAGUAGUUUUUAAUUUUUGUAUUUUAUUUUCUUAAUUUUAUGAUUUUUUUUUUUCUCCCAGUUCUAGAGAAUAUUCACAAUAUAUUUUAUAUAUAAAUAAUAUAAAGUAUUUUUAAAUGUCACACACACCUGCAGGAUAUAUGCAUGUCCUAGUUACAGCAGAUUCUAAGUCCUUCAGUCGGUUCACUGCAUUUCGAUGUUGGAUUACAAAUCUCACUAUUUCAAGGCUGCUGUACAUUGUGUAUUUACCCUGUGCCUGCGUUCAUCAAAAUUGCCUUAAAAUACUACCAAAUAUGA